GUCUCGUUUCAGCCCUUUCUCUGAGAGUUUAUCCAGCGCAGCCUUGUUUCUCUACAACUGAGAAAUGAUCCUCUUAAUUUACUUAUUUGUCUUGCUGUGGGAAGAGGCUCACGGAUGGGGAAUCAAAGAUGGGAUUUUUCAUAACUCCAUAUGGCUUGAAAGAGCCGCGGGCGUGUACCACAGAGAAGCAAGGUCUGGCAAGUACAAGCUCACCUAUGCAGAGGCGAAGACGGUGUGUCAAUAUGAAGGUGGUCGCCUUGCCACCUACAAACAGCUAGAAGCUGCCAGAAAAAUUGGAUUUCAUGUCUGUGCUGCUGGGUGGAUGGCCAAAGGCAGAGUUGGAUAUCCCAUUGUGAAGCCAGGGCCCAACUGUGGAUUUGGAAAAACUGGCAUCAUCGAUUAUGGAAUUCGUCUGAAUAGGAGUGAAAGAUGGGAUGCAUAUUGUUACAAUCCACACGCAAAGGAAUGUGGUGGUGUCUUUACAGAGCCCAAAAGAAUUUUUAAAUCCCCAGGCUUCCCAAAUGAAUAUGAUGAUAACCAAGUCUGCUACUGGCACAUUAGACUCAAGUAUGGCCAACGUAUUCAUCUGAAUUUUUUACAAUUUAACCUUGAAGAUGACACAGGUUGCUUAGCUGACUAUGUUGAAAUAUAUGACAGUUAUGAUGAUGUCCAUGGCUUUGUGGGAAGGUACUGUGGAGAUGAGCUUCCAGCAGACAUCAUUAGUACAGGAAAUGUCAUGACCUUGAAGUUUCUGAGUGAUGCUUCAGUGACAGCAGGAGGUUUCCUCAUCAGAUAUACUGCAGUGGAUCCUCUGUGCAAAUCCUGUCAAGGGAAAAAUUCAACUACUGCUUCUACUGGAAAUAAAAACCUUUUAGCUGGAGCCUUGACUCAUUUAUGAAACAAAAUGGACAUUCAGUGUUUUUCUUUUUUUAUAUAUAUAUAUAUAUAUAUCUUUGGAACUCCUUUUAUUCCACUUUUCUACUACUACUACUAUUAUUUUGACAUUAAUUUAUUAUUUCUCAAUGUGAAAUUUUGCUAAAAUUUAAAAAUCCAGAAAACUUCAAAUGAAAAAAUAAGAUUUCUCAUCUUAAGGCAUGAAAAUAACAAGUGCUAACAUUGUAUCUUU